UUGCAACAUCUGAAGGGGCUCUUCCUUUGAGGUGGGAACGCAGUGGCCCAGCAGGUCGGAGCCAUCUCUGUGAGCAUUCAGCAUGUCUUUCAUCCACGUGGACAAGGACUCAGAUUUCCCUCUUCAAAAUCUCCCCUAUGGGGUUUUUUCCACCAGGGAGGAGCCUCGGCACAGGAUUGGAGUAGCAAUUGGAGACCAAAUUUUGGAUCUCAGUGUAAUCAAGCAUCUGUUUGAUGGACCGGCUCUUGCCAAACACCAGCAUGUCUUUGACCAGCCCACCCUCAACGCCUUCAUGGGGCUGGGUCCCACAGCCUGGAGGGAAGCCCGUGCCCUGCUGCAGUCACUGCUGUCAGCCGCCGAGCCGACGCUGCGGGACAACGCAGGCCUGCGGAAACGGGCAUUUGUACCUCAGGCUUCUGCUACCAUGCACCUGCCGGCACACAUUGGAGAUUACACCGACUUCUACUCGUCGCGACAACAUGCCACCAACGUUGGAAUCAUGUUCCGGGGGAAGGAGAAUGCUCUGAUGCCCAACUGGCUGCACCUGCCUGUUGGGUAUCACGGCCGGGCAUCUUCUGUUGUGGUGUCCGGGACACCCAUCCGGAGACCUGUGGGGCAAAUGAAACCUGACAAUGAUAAACCUCCAGUGUUCGGUGCUUGCAAGCGUUUGGAUAUCGAGUUAGAAAUGGCAUUCUUUGUAGGACCUGGCAACAAGCACGGGGAGCCGAUCCCAGUCAGCAGAGCCCAUGAGCACAUCUUUGGAAUGGUCCUUAUGAACGACUGGAGUGCCCGUGACAUCCAGAAAUGGGAGUAUGUUCCUCUAGGCCCAUUCCUGAGCAAGAGCUUUGGCACAACCAUCUCCCCUUGGGUUGUCACCAUGGAAGCUCUGCAGCCAUUCCUGCUGCCAAACCCCAUCCAGGAUCCCAAACCACUGCCCUACCUUCGGGAUGAAGAACCCUACACUUUUGACAUCAAUCUCUUUGUUGCAAUAAAAGGAGAAGGAAUGAGCAUGCCAACCACUAUAUGCAGGUCCAAUUUCAAGCACAUGUACUGGACCAUGAAGCAGCAGCUGGCACAUCACUCCAUCAAUGGAUGCAACCUUCGACCUGGAGACCUCCUGGCAUCAGGAACCAUCAGUGGGCCUGAGCCUGAGAGCUUCGGCUCCAUGCUGGAGCUUUCUUGGAACGGGACAAAAGAAAUUCCUCUUGGCCAUGGACAGUCUCGUAAAUUUCUGCAGGAUGGAGAUGAAAUCAUUAUAACAGGUUACUGCCAAGGCAGUGGCUUCCGCGUGGGAUUUGGUCAUUGCUCAGGAAAAAUCCUCCCAGCUGUGUCAGGUCUGUGAUGUUUGUGGGAAGGGAACAUCCAGGAGGAGGAGUAAAAGAAGGUGGAAUAUAAGGGAAAGGAGAAGGAGGACGUCUCCCCAGCCUCUCACAGCUGUGCUACAGAACUCAGAUUUAUUAUUUUUAUAUGACUGAUUGGAAACUUACUAUUUUUAAUUAUCAAUAAAUAUCUGCAAGAUGAA